AUGAAAUUUUCUCGCGUCUUCAAGCUGAGGGCGAAGUCGAAGGCUGGUGGGUCAAAGACGAAGCCACUCAUCGUCCCAAAAUUUCUGGGAGCUGAGAUUACAAGCAAGCCAAUUCUCGCUCAUCAACAGAUAUAUGCAACCAACCGAGAACGGRGAGCUCGUAGACAGCGUAGAAAUGCCUCCCAUCUCCAGCAGGCGCCACUGUUCCCGUCCUUGGUCGGAUCUCCUACCGGUCCGACUUCCUCUCUCGACACGAACAGUGUAAACGCAGGUGUUCAAACCAAGACACCUUUGAGGCAUGGACAGCAACGAUAUCCUCAGCGCUCGCUUCAAUACGCACAAGGGCCUACGCUGACUAAGCGAAGUCCACGGGAUGUGAGAUUGCGGAAGAACAGAGGAAAACGAUCUCAAUCAUCGCAAGGUUAUGUAAGACGUGUAAAACGUGCCCGAUACCCUCCCGGCGUCAAUGGAACCAUGGAGGAUUUGCAUUCAAUGCUGCGUCUUGGGGGAGACUCUCAGCAUGUUUUCCCUUUGUACACCCUUCUAGCUGUGGACMCAGAAUCUAGGAUGACCCCUUGGGGCAAAGUCAUCAGCGAAAUUGGGCUCACAACUCUGCGAGUUGGUGAUGUAGUAGGUCUCGAGCCUGGGCAAUAUGCCCGCAAUUGGGAGCAGAAGAUGGAACACUGUCACAUACAUGUACAGCGCGUAGGUGUCCGCCGACCCCCCAAAGCUGCCAUGUUCGCAAAGACACAGACACUGUCUACCACAUCAACCAGAGCGAUGUUGAAGAAUUUCAUGAUGUCGCUGUACCAGGAACAUGAAGGGCGCGUAGCUAUCGUGGGACAUUCAGUCAUGAGCGAUGUGUUCGCGAUUCUGCAAGAUCCAGCUCUUCAGAUCGACCUUCGUACAAUCGGCGGUCGCCUUGUCAAUGUGGACAAAAUCUUCGAUACCGUCGAAUUGGGAAUAGACGCAGUCAUUCACGGAGCAGAGUUUGGUAGUCUGAGGUUGGGAAACAUGAUGGCCGACGUUGGUGCUGAUCCCAAAUACCUCCGCGAAAACACGRCCAUAGGUUGCCACAAUGCCAGCAACGACGCCGUUUACAGCAUGAUGGCUCUAAUACUACUCGCGACACGCUGGAAAGAGCUGACGACGGGAUCGCCUGUGGAGAAGAACUUGGAGGCUGCGCGGAACGAGAGAAAUGCUGCUGUCCAGAGUCUGAUGGCCGAGUUAGCGGCUUGGCGCGACGAGUCUAAGUUUAGGAAGAGGGGGGCUGAGAGUGUAGCGCCUGCGACGAAGGCACUGGACGACACGAGUGGAGUGAAUGGUGACAGAACAUAUGCACGAGAGGAUGGCAUGGAUGAAGAUGCGCAACCGCUGGGCUUCUUUUCGAGGCUGUAUGGAUAUUUCAGAAAGGCAGCCUAG